AUGUCUAUUAUAGACCAAAGUGAACACAAGGAUGGAGGUAGCCGCUUUAUGAGUUGCCUUACAGGUCCAAAAAGAAUAACGCCUCAGAAGGAUAGAGCUGAUGCUCGUGUAAGGGGUUUAAGAGCCAAGAACGAUCAUAAUAUACCAUUCACUGAAGAAGAAUAUUUAAGGUUUUUAACUGGCAAUGGUACAAGCCAAAAUAUGUGUGAUGGUACUGAAGUUGCAAACUCAAUACAAACGAACAAGGAUAAAGAUGUUAAAGGUGGGUAA